UGUUGGCAUCGGCUGCACUGAACUUCUUGAUGUCUCGAGGACCAGUUCGGUGAAGCCCAGAGACAGAAUCGGACGCGAUGGGGCUGCUCACCGCGAGUGUCGGCCCUCUUCGGAACCGGAUCCGGGUUCGGACGUGGAGCCGAGACUUGGCCACUAUUUCAGCCACUUUUCGCAGCAGCGGCGCAGCGGCGUCGAAGAGGUCACUGAUCCAAAGGAGAUGUGGAGGAUUGUAUCAGCACAGUUUCCCACUUGCUCGGUCACUGAGCUCAAACAAACCACCAAGAGGUUUUGAAAAGUUUUUUCCAAAGAGCGAAGAAAGCGCAGGCGUCGACAAAUCAGCCGAAGAUGAAAAUACCAAAGAGCAAGAAUCUCUUGUAAGAGAAGGGCGAGAUAACGAUGAUAAUGAGGAUGAACGACAAAGAGGGCGAAAAAAGGAAGAAUCACACUGGUGGACACGCUUUCAGGAGGACUUUCCCUGGGAUGAAAAAGCAGUUUGGAACUUUGCGAUUGGUGCAGCAGGCAUGACCUCGGCUUUUUUAUACUUUUACUUCCGAGAGACGGGGGCUCAGAUCUCCUGGAAGGACUUUGUGCAUCACUACUUGAACAGAGGCUUGGUGGGUCACCUGGAGGUUGUCAAUAAGCAAUAUGUCAAAGUAAUUCCUGCCCACGGAGUGAACUCAUCAGAAGUGAGCUAUUUGUGGUUCAACAUUGGCAGUGUUGACUCGUUCGAGCACAACCUGGAGAUGGCGCAGCAAGAAAUGGGUCUGGACUCCACGGAGAAAGUUCCUGUAUUCUACAGCAGUGAAAGUGAUGGGACACUCCUUUUGAGCGUCCUCCCAACCUUACUGCUGGUUGGCUUCUUCCUCUUUGCCACACGGCAGGGACCAUUGGCAGGAGGUCGUGGAGGUAGAGGGAGAGUAAACCCCUUUAGCAUGAGUGAAUCCAAAGCCAAGAUAGUAAAAGACAACAUCAGCGUUCGGUUUAAGGACGUUGCAGGCUGUGAGGAGGCCAAACUGGAGAUUUUGGAGUUUGUUAACUUCUUGAAGAACCCGCGGCAGUACCAGGACCUCGGAGCCAAGAUACCAAAGGGCGCAGUGUUAUCGGGUCCUCCCGGAACCGGCAAGACGUUGCUAGCCAAAGCCACUGCUGGAGAGGCCAACGUCCCCUUCAUCACCGUCAGCGGCUCAGAGUUCCAGGAAAUGUUUGUCGGCGUGGGCCCAGCGAGGAUGAGGGAUAUGUUUGCCACAGCUCGGAAAAAUGCCCCCUGCAUACUUUUCAUCGAUGAGAUCGACGCAGUGGGCAAGAAGAGAGGCCGAGGGAACUUUGGCAACCAGAGCGAGCAGGAAAACACCCUCAACCAGCUGCUCGUGGAAAUGGAUGGGUUCAACAGUAGCACCAAUGUGGUCGUUCUAGCUGGCACCAAUCGACCUGAUAUCCUGGACCCCGCUUUGAUGAGGCCUGGACGCUUUGAUAGACAUAUUUACAUAGGCCCACCAGAUAUUAAAGGCAGGGCGUCCAUCUUUAAGGUGCAUUUAAGACCUCUGAAGUUGGACUCCAGUAUAGAAGUACAGGCUUUGGCCAAGAAGCUAGCUGCACUAACCCCAGGUUUUACUGGGGCUGAUAUCGCUAAUGUGUGUAAUGAGGCCGCUCUGAUAGCUGCACGUCACCUCAACCAACAUAUCAGUGCGAAGCACUUCGAGCAGGCAGUCGAGAGAGUUAUUGGAGGCCUGGAGAAAAAGUCUCAGGUACUGCAGCUUCCAGAGAAAACUACUGUGGCCUAUCACGAGGCUGGACAUGCUGUGGUGGGCUGGUUCCUAGAACAUGCAGACCCCCUACUUAAGGUGUCCAUUGUUCCCAGAGGGAAAGGUUUGGGUUAUGCGCAGUAUCUGCCUAAGGAACAGUACCUGUUCACCCAGGAACAGCUCACUGACAGAAUGUGCAUGAUGCUGGGAGGUCGAGUGGCUGAGCAAGUUUUCUUCCAUCGCAUCACCACUGGGGCGGAGGAUGACCUCAGGAAAGUCACACAGUCUGCCUACGCACAGGUUGUCCAGUUUGGAAUGAACGAGGCAGUGGGUCAGCUGUCCUUUGACCUCCCUCAGCAGGGUGACGUAGUAACGGAGAAACCCUUCAGUGAACCUACGGCCCAGCUGAUCGAUCAGGAGGUGCGCUUGCUCAUAGACGCUGCCUUCCAGCGAACACUACAGAUCGUCACAGAUAAGAAAGAAAUGGUGGAGAAGGUGGCAAACCGGCUUCUAGAAAAGGAGGUUCUAGACAAGGCCGACAUGGUGGAGCUGCUUGGAACUCGUCCCUUUCAGGAGAAGUCAUCGUACGAGGAGUUUGUUGACGGGCUCGGGGACUUUGAGGAGGACACAUCUCUACCUGCAGGCCUGAGGCACUGGAACAAGAAACAAGAGGAUGAAAAACACCCGGAGAAUAGGCAAAACAAAUCAGCCUUUUACCUGUAGGUGGACAUGCAGCCUUAAGGCAGAUAUUCCAAUGGAUUCAGGUGAAUACUUCUCAAGUGCAGCACCAUCUGGUCAAGACUGCAGCCUGACAGGGCUCUGGAAAAUAUCCUCUCACAGACAGCUGCAAAGGGUGAGGGAGGGUGAUGUCUUGCACUGGUUUUACAGGAUUAUGCAGUUUCUUAUUGUAGCUUUUAUAUUCCAGCCGAAAUUAAAAAAAAAAAACCCUCAUCAUUUUAAUGUUACCGUAGUUUAAAGUCAGUAAGAUAAGACUUCACAGGGGUUGCCUUUUACACUCCUCCUCCCAGACGGAUGGAGUCCCACAGUGCAUUGACACUGACAAACACACCACAGAGUAAUAGUAAUAAUAAUGAUGAUAAUAAUAAUAAUAAUCUAAAAGUUGUUGAGCUUAAGUUAAAAGAACCAAAAUCAAAUGAGAUUUGCUUUUGAAUUAUUAUGUGACAGGUACAUUAGUUGUGGUGUGUUUUGGUUGGUUUACACACUGUGCUGGUAUCUUGACGGUAUCAUAUGAAUCAAAUGUUACCCUAAGGCUCGUCACCUUCAUACAGCCUCACUCAGUUUCAGCAUGAAGAUGCUGAUUCUUUAGUCUGUGGUCGAAUUUUAGGAAUGCUUCCGGUCUCAGCCACCACUUCAUUAUGUGAAUAGAUAAAUAUUUAAAGUGUGUUUUCCCUGAGUGGGAAACCCGCUUUCUUCUUCUACUUUUUAAAAUCUUGACAUUCAAAUGACGACAUUUUUAUAUUUCAGGGACAUUGUGUCUUAACUUAAAUACAUUAGUCUCAUUAUAGUCUUCCAACAGACUUCAACCCUUCUCCACUUGGUUUUCAGUAAUGUAUCCGUAAAGGCAGCUGAUAAAACUCAGUGUUUGUACAUACCAUUCGUACACAUAUCAAAUGUUACAGGUUCACAUGUACUGUAGGUUGUUUUCUUCGCAGUAAUACGAGUCAGCUUUGAUGAAGAAGUCCAUUACUUAAAGCUCAUGGUUACGUCUGAGCUGCUGACAACCCGACUGAGUAAGAACCAAAUAUAAGCUAACAGAGAGCACACACUGCUGACACGUUUGCUCUAAAAUACAUUUUAAACUCACUCACAUACACACUACCUCACAGCCUCUGCAUUCAUAACUGCCUUCUAACUUAACAUUAACCUCUGAGCAAAUCUCAAACUCACAAUUCUCCCACUAUUCACACUGCAUAUGCAAGUUGUUCUGUCCUGUUAUUAAUCAGAAGAAGUGACUUCCAGGCUUAUGCUUUCUGUGCUCUACUCUAGUUCAUGUGUUGAUUACUUGGCUUCUCCAACAUUUAUUGACCUGACAGCAAAUUGCUGUCAUUCAGAAAAUCAUCCUUUCCGUCAGUUACGGCUUAUGUGUGAGCUGAGCAAGCUAAGCUAGACAAGUAUUCAUGUAGCGUCUCAUCUCAUGUAUUUGAGAACCUGCCCGAGAAGGGUUGGUGGUGUACUGUAAUCCUAAUGUGAAUAGUGUCUUAAGCCAGCAACUCCUGAGCUGAACCAGCAGGUUUAAUAUAAAGAUUUACUUGAACUAACGCAUUGCAGUGUAAGCAGUGUGGGCCCUUUUUAAGAUUUUCAGCCUGGAGCAUUUUUGUCCAGAAUUGAAUCCAGAUUAAAAAAAGUGAUGAGCAGCUGUAUAUUAGGAUAUUGUGCGUCUUGUGCCUGCUUGACACAGUUCUUGUUUUUGCUUGAUGAAUAUUUCUUUUUACAUGUCAGUGAGGAUUAUUGAUUUUACAUCGAGAUGUCAACACAAAUGAAACAUCUAAAAUGUGAGGCUGUUGUGACUCACACCAAUAUUAAACAUUUUUAUACCAAA